AUGGCCGAUUCAACUGUCGUCUCCAACACGGAGAAUCUCAUGAAGUACAUGUCUCUCGACCAGCGCGGUCGAUCGAUGGCUGAAUACAUCUGGAUUGACUCACAAGGCGGAACUCGCUCCAAGACCAAGACUCUCUCUAAGCCCGUUACCUCCGUUGACCAACUCCCCGAAUGGAACUUCGACGGUUCCUCCACCGCCCAGGCCCCCGGUGACAACUCCGAUGUCUACCUCCGCCCCGUCGCUAUCUUCCCCGACCCCUUCCGCCAGGGUGACAACAUUCUGGUUCUGUGCGAGACCUGGGAUGCCGAUGGAAGCCCCAACAAGUUCAACUUCCGUCACGACGCCGCCCGCCUGAUGGAGACCAACGCCAAGGAGGAGUUCUGGUUCGGCCUCGAGCAGGAGUACACUCUGCUCGGCACUGAUGGCUGGCCCUAUGGCUGGCCCCGUGGUGGUUUCCCCGGUGCCCAGGGCCCUUACUACUGUGGUGUCGGUACCGGCCGUGUCUACUGCCGUGACAUCGUCGAGGCUCACUACCGUGCUUGCCUGUAUGCCAACAUCAACAUCUCCGGUAUCAACGCUGAGGUCAUGCCCUCCCAGUGGGAGUACCAAGUCGGCCCCUGCCCCGGCAUUGACAUGGGUGACCACCUCUGGAUGUCCCGCUACAUCCUUCACCGAGUUGCUGAGGAGUUCGGAGUCCGCAUUUCGUUCGACCCCAAGCCUAUCAAGGGAGAAUGGAACGGUGCUGGUCUGCACAGCAAUGUCUCCACCGCUGCCACCCGUGCUGAGGGUGGUAUGAAGGCCAUCGAGGCUGUCAUGAAGAAGUUCGAGGCCCGCCACCUUGAGCACAUCGCCGUCUACGGUGAGGGCAACGAAGAGCGUCUCACUGGCCGCCACGAGACCGGUAACAUCGACAAGUUCUCAUAUGGUGUUGCUGACCGUGGUGGCUCCAUCCGUAUCCCUCGCCAAGUUGCGAAGGAUGGAAAGGGAUAUUUCGAGGACCGUCGUCCCGCAUCCAAUGCCGAUCCCUACCAAAUCACCGGUAUCAUCGUUGAGACGAUGUGUGGUGGCCUUUAA